GGGGAAGUGGGGGGGGCUGUCUUCAUUCACAUUCCGGGCAAAGAAAGAAUUAAGCCCAGAGAGGAGGAGGCUGGAGCGUGCAGAGGCACUUGAAAGCUGCUCCCUAUGAAAUAUGCAUCGUGGCAAAACCUGUGAGAGUCCCAGAGCUGGCCUAGUUUAUGCCUCCCUCUCAGGCAGCGCCAUGGCCUCAGAGGCACCAUCUGGAUUGUCUCUUCUCUGGGAUAGAGUGGAAAGAGCAGCCGGGCAGCCCCAUCAGGAUCUGUUGACUUUCCAGGCUCUCUUGACCUUUGAGGAGGUGGCCGUGUAUUUCACGGAGGAGGAAUGGGCCCUGCUGGAUCCCGGCCAAAGAGCUCUGCACCGGGAAGUCAUGCAGAAGAAUUACGAGAUGGUGGCCUCUCUAGAAUUGGACCUUAAUUCCUGUUGGGAAGAAAGAAAAGUCCCGUUUACCCAGGACCUCAAAGAAGAGGAGGCAUCAGCAGAAUUGGACCUCAAUUCCUGUUGGGAAGAAAGAAAAGCCCCGUUUAUCCAGGACCUCAAAGAAGAGGAGGCAUCAGCAGGAAUUUCAAAACCGGAGUUCAUCUGUUGGCUGGAAGUACAGUAUCCAGUUGGAUCGGGCUGUGAUGAAGGGUCAAUAUCAGCAGAUGUUGUGGAGAAGAAUGAGAAUGACGGGGAACCACAGAUGGUGUCAUCAGCAAUAGUCAAGUGGGAAACACAGAAAGAGUUCUUUGGAAAUCAUGAGGGACCAAAACAGCAUCAAAAAAACCUCAAAGAGGAGAAACCAUUUCAGUGCAUGCAUUGUGGGAUGAGCUUCUGUUCAAGGAGUAAAUUAACAGCACAUCAAAGAACCCACACUGGGGAGAAACCAUUUCCAUGCAUGGAGUGUGGAAAGAGUUUCAGUACGAGGAGUAAUCUAACCAUUCAUCAAAGAAUACACACAGGGGAGAAACCAUAUAAAUGCACACAAUGUGGGAAGAGCUUCAGUCAGAGCUGUCAUGUUACUUCACAUCAAAGAAUGCACACAGGAGAGAAACCAUAUAAAUGCAGGGAGUGUGGGAAGAGCUUUAGUCAGACCAGUAACCUUUCGGUACAUCACAGAACCCACACAGGGGAGAAACCAUGUAAAUGCACGAUAUGUGGAAAGGGCUUUGGUAGUAACAGUGAACUAACUUUACAUCACAGAAUACACACUGGGGAGAAGCCUUUUAAAUGCAUGGAGUGUGGAAAGAGCUUCAGUCGGAAAACUCACCUUUCUUUACAUGAAAGAAUUCACACACAGGAGAAACCAUUUAAAUGCAUGGAGUGUGGAAAGAGCUUCAGUGUGAGCAGUAAUCGUAAUUCACAUUACAGAAUACACACGGGGAAGAACCAUAUAAAGGCAGGGAGUGUGGAAAGACCUUCAAUCAGAGCACUCACCUUUACAAGAACACAUAUAGAGGAGAAACCAUGUGGAUGCAGGGAGUGUGGAAAGAGGUUUAGUCUGAGCAUUCACUUUACAUCACAGAAUGCACAUGGGAGAAAUCAUUUACAUGCAGGGAGUGCAGAAAGAGCUUUGGAGCCCUUGAGAGCUGCUCCCUACGAAAACGUGCAUCAUGGCCAAAGCUGUGGGAGUCCCAGAACUGGCCUAGUUUACACCUCCCUCUCAGGCAGCACCAUGGCCUCAGAGGCACCGUCCGGAUUGUCUUUUCUCUGGGAUAGAGUGGAAAGAACUGCUGGGCAGUCCCAUCAGGGUCUGUUGACUUUCCAGGGUCUCUUGACCUUUGAGGAGGUGGCCGUGUAUUUCACGGAGGAGGAAUGGGCCCUGCUGGAUCCUGGCCAAAGAGCUCUGCACCGGGAAGUCAUGCAGAAGAAUUACAAUAUGGUGGCCUCUCUCGAAUUGGACCUCAAUUCCUGUUGGGAAGAAAGAAAAGCCCCGUUUAUCCAGGACCUCAAAGAAGAGGAGGCAUCAGCAGGAAUUUCAAAACCAGAGUUCAUCUGUUGGCUGGAAGUACAGUAUCCAGUUGGAUCGGGCUGUGAUGAAGGGUCAAUAUCAGCAGAUGUUGUGGAGAAGAAUGAGAAUGACGGGGAACCACAGAUGGUGUCAUCAGCAAUAGCCGACUGCGAAGCACAGAAAGAGUUUUUUGGAAAUCAUGAGGGACCAAAACAGCAUCAAAAAAACCCCAAAGAGGAGAAACCAUAUAAAUGCAGGGAGUGUGGAAAGAGCUUCUGUUCGAGGAGUAAAUUAACCGCACAUCAAAGAACACACACAGGGGAGAAACCAUUUCACUGCAUGGAGUGUGGAAAGAGUUUCAGUAUGAGGAGUAACCUAACCAUUCAUCAAAGAAUACACACAGGGGAGAAACCAUAUAAAUGCACACUAUGUGGGAAGAGCUUCAGUCAGAGCAGUUAUGUUACUUUACAUCAAAGAAUGCACACAGGGGAGAAACCAUAUAAAUGCAGGGAGUGUGGAAAGAGUUUUAGUCGGGCCAGUCACCUUUCUGUACAUCAUAGAACCCACACAGGGGAGAAACAGUGUAAAUGCACAAUAUGUGGAAAGGGCUUUGGUAGUAACAGUGAACUGAGUUUACAUGACAGAAUACACACUGGGGAAAAGCCUUUUAAAUGCAUGGAGUGUGGAAAGAGCUUCAGUCAGAGCAGUAGCCUUUCUGUACAUCACAGAACCCACACAGGGGAGAAACCGUGUAAAUGCAUGAUGUGUGGAAAGGGCUUUGGUAGUAACAGUAAACUGACUUUACAUCACAGAAUACACACUGGGGAGAAGCCUUUUAAAUGCAUGGAGUGUGGAAAGAGCUUCAGUCGGAAAACUCACCUUUCUGUACAUGAAAGAAUCCAUACACAGGAGAAACCAUUUAAAUGCAUGGAGUGUGGAAAGAGCUUCAGUGUGAGCAGUAAUCGUAAUUCACAUUACAGAAUACACACAGGGGAGAAACCAUAUCAAUGCAGGGAGUGUGGAAAGACCUUCAAUCAGAGCACUCACCUUACUUUACAUGAAAGAAUCCACACAAGGGAGAAACCAUUUAAAUGCAUAGAGUGUGGAAAGAGUUUCUGUCAGAGCAGUAAUCUUACUUUACAUCAGAGAACACAUACAGGGGAGAAACCAUAUGAAUGCAUAGAGUGUGGAAAGAACUUUAGUCAGAGCAUUCACCUUACAUUACAUUACAGAAUGCACAUGGGAGAAAUCAGUUAAAUGCAGAGGAUGCAGAAAGAACUUUGGAGUAUCUUGUCUGCUUCCAUUCCAUCUUCUGAAUCAGGAAAUGCUGCGAAGGUAAUGGAUAGGUGUCUGGAGGCAUUGAUGGGCUGGAUGGAGGCCAACAAACUGAGGGUGAAUUCUAAGACAGAAAUGCUGUGGGUAGGAGGUUCCCUGUACCUGUAUUGGAUUUGAAAAUGUUUUUGUUUUUACAAGUAUGUGUUUUGUUUUCAUUGUUGGUGUUUUUGAGAUGUUAUAUGGGAAGUGAACAAUGAAUGGAAAUAAAUGAUCAUCCUUGUAUGUGAUGGCUAGUUUACCAGGUGCUUCCAUAUCCUUCUAAAUCCUUUAAAUUUUAUUGAUUCUAUUCAUUUCCCUUUUUAGAAUUUGUUUUUAAAUGUUGUUUUGUAUUGACAAUUUUAAUGUAUAUUUUAUUUUUUUGUGAAACACUUCAGGAAUAUACAAAUUUCGUUCAAUAAUAAAUGAAGUAAACAGUUUGCU